UUUUUUGGUGCACUAGUUUUACCCACGAGGUUAAAAAGCAGAACAAACAUUGCAAUAUAAGCUAUGCUGAAUUCUCAAUUGUAACCCAAUGCGACUUUCAAGUGUUUUGAAAGCUAUGGCGCCCGUGUUGAAAUCUUUCGAUUACCUGGUCAUCGGUGGUGGUUCCGGGGGUCUAGCAAGUGCCAGAAGGGCCGCCGAAUUUGGGGUCAAAUCGGCGGUGGUGGAAGAGGCCAGAUGGGGUGGAACGUGCGUGAACGUUGGAUGCGUUCCCAAGAAGGUGAUGUUUAAUACGGCACUACACGCAGAGUUUAUUCACGACCACAAGGACUAUGGCUUUGAUGUAGAAUUGAAGAACUUCGACUGGGGGCGCAUCAAAGCCCAGAGGGAUGAGUACAUCCGCCGCCUCAACGGAAUCUAUGAGACAAACCUUGAGAAGUCUAAGGUGGAGAAGAUUGUUGGGCAUGCGCAGUUCACAGAAGACGGCUGCGUGGAGGUGAACGGGGAGAAGAUAUCCGCCAAGCACAUCCUGAUUGCAACUGGAGGGCGCCCGGCCAUGCCGUCGAUUCCAGGUGGCGAACACGCUAUUUCCAGUGACGGUUUCUUUGAUCUGGAAUGCCUACCAAAAAAGGUGGUGGUGGUGGGUGCGGGAUAUAUCGCAGUGGAGCUUGCUGGAAUCUUCAACGCGCUCGGUGCAGACACAUCCAUAUGUAUCCGCUAUGAUCAGGUGCUUCGAAACUUUGAUGAGAUGAUAAGCAGCUCUUUAACGGAAGAAAUGGAGAGAGCGGGCGUCAAAGUGCACAAACGAACACAGGUAACCAAGGUAACGGAGGAGGCUGACGGGACCUUGACCCUUGAACUCAACACGGGCAGCAAGGUCACGGAAGUCAACUGUCUUCUAUGGGCGGUAGGACGCGUUCCUAACUCGGAUAAAAUAGGCCUGGGCAAAGUGGGCAUCAAGACGGACGGCCAGGGCAACAUCGAAGUCGACGAGUUCCAGAACACGUCCCGACCCAACGUGUACGCCCUAGGGGACGUGUGCGGCCGCGCCCUCCUCACGCCGGUUGCCAUAGCAGCCGGCAGACGCCUGGCGCACCGUCUGUUCGACGGGAAACACGAUCUUAAACUGGACUACAACAACAUCCCCACCGUGGUCUUCUCGCAUCCUCCAAUAGGCACCAUCGGACUCACACAAGCCGAGGCGGAGAAGGCGUACGGAGCGGACAAUCUGAAGAUUUACCGGACAACGUUCACCCCGAUGUACUACGCCAUGACCGAGACCAAGGUCAAGUGCAGCAUGAAGCUCGUAUGUCUGCUGCCCGAUGAGAAGGUUAUCGGCCUUCACAUGCUAGGUCAGGGCUGUGACGAGAUGCUGCAAGGAUUCUCAGUGGCCAUCAAAAUGGGCGCCACCAAGCGGCAGUUCGACGACACCGUCGCCAUACACCCCACCUCGAGCGAGGAGCUCGUCACCAUGAGAUAGUGUGUUAGAGAUAAUCAGUUCGAGAUACCAUGAAAUGUUGUGUUAGAGAUACACCCCACCUAGAGCGAGGGGCUCCUCACCAUGAGAUAGUGUGUUAGAGAUAAUCAGUCUAAAAUAUUGUUAAAGAUGACUUGUUCGAAAUAAUGAGUGAGUGUUAGAAACAGUGCGUUAGAGAUACAUCGGUGGUCCAUCAACAUAUUUUCACCAUUAGAUAGUGUUUUAAAGAUAAUCAGUUCGAAAUAAUGAGUGUGUUUAUUAGUGAUAACAAUUGUUUUAAUAUGAUCUUAAUGUGAGACACACCCCAUUUCCAUCAAAAUCUCGUCACCAUGGGAUAGUGUGUUAGAGAUAAUCAAAACGAGAUACUGAGUUAGUUUAUAAGAAAAAAACAACUAUAAUUAUAUAGUGCGUCAGAGAUACACACCAGGUCCUUUUAGAAGUUUGUUACCAUGAGAUAGUGUAAAUAAGAUAAUCAAUACGAUAUGAGAGAGUGCUUUAGAGAUAAUAAGUAUAAUGAUAUAGUCAGAUAGUAUGUUACAGAUAUAUCUCACAUUAAGCAAAAAAGGUAGUCGCCUCAAAAUGACGUCAUGAAGACGCGAUAGGACACAAAUCAUACAUAUUCCAGCAAUAACUGGUCACCAUCAGGUCUUGCGUUCUUAAGAAUUUUGGGCGAGAUAAUGUCGCAGUGGUCUACGAUAAUGUGUUUAAGAAAAUCUUAAUCAGAAACCGAACUAUAAUAUGACAGAGCAUUAACGAGAUAAUUUCUAUACAUACAUUUAUUUGUUUUUAGCUGUAAUUGUAUAUGGAUUAUGGAUACUUACGUUAAAUGUAUAAAAUAGUGUAUGUGUUAUAGCUGUUAUACGUCUUUGUAUUUGUUUAUUACAAUAAACUGCACUAUAUUUGUUCACACAGAAGUUUAUGCUUACAUUUGUAUUUAUUUUCUGAUAUUUAAUAUAUAUGUACUUUGUGUGACAAAAAUACAUGUAUUUAAGUUACAUCUAAAAUAUGAUUUCGGUAAUAUAGUUGUUUUAUCUUAUGUACAAAUAUAUACAAAAGGAACUUAACCCAG